AGAGUACCGACAGAAUGGCCUUCGUGAGGAUAGCUUCCAUUCUGCUUCUGGGUCUUUGUGGGGCUGUCUUGGUGUCCUGCGAGGAUCAGAACGUCACGGAGGUCAACAGUGGGCUUAAUGAGCCAGAUUUCCCCACUCCCGAAUACAUACUACCAUGCAGCAAGAAAGACCCAAAGAUCGAUGCGUGCUUUCUUAACACGCUCGCCCAUAUCCAUCCGUAUUUGGUGAAAGGUAUCCCGGAAUUGGAUGUGCCUCCUAUAGAGCCACUGGUGAUUCCCGAACUGAAGAUGGAAAAUGGUCAAGGUCCAGUGCGUGUUAGGGCGAUUUUCACUAACAUCACCACGAUAGGACCAGGAAACUACAGCGUCAACAAAGUACGAGUGAAUAUAUCAUCAUAUAGAUUCGAUAUGCAUCUUUCAUUGCCGAAGAUUGAUAUUCAUGGUAGCUAUGACAUAAACGGAAACGUACUUCUCUUCCCCAUUCAAAGUCACGGCGAUUUUUGGGCAUUAUUCGGUGACGUAAAGGCAAUCGCUCGCCUACAAGGUGUCGAGGAAGUAAGAAAUGGUAUUCGUUACAUGAAGAUUUCUCGAUUGCUAAUCGACUUUAGUCUCGGUCGAGCCAGAUUUCGCAUAAACGAUCACCUGAACGGCAACAACGUUAUCGGCCAGGCGAUGAAUCAAUUCCUGAAUCAGAAUAUUAAAGAAAUAAUUGAGGAAAUGAGACCAGCGGCCAGCUCAAGUAUCGCCAAGUACUUCAAAGACUUCCUGAACGGUGUUUUCACCAAAAUGCCCCUGAAAGUUUGGAUGCAUGAUGCGUAAUAGUUCCCAAUUUCCGAGGACAUGCAGAGUUCACACACGAUAUCCAUGACUGUUGCAUUACUUCAUCAAAACAUGAGCGUACAUUUCAUAAUUGCAAAAAGGUAUCUAUACAGUAUAAAUUAUUUCAGCAAUAUUGUUGGAGCAUUGCAAUGUUACUGCAAUGUUGCUGCAAUAUUGCUGGAAUAAUCUAUACUGUAUAGAUAUUAUAAUCUUUACUAUAAAAAUACAUAAUAAAUAGUGAGUAAGUAAUCAUAAUUUGUUAAGAUUUAUAAUGCGUAAAAAAUAUUCACGAAUAGCGAGCACUGAUAAAAUAUACAUAAUCCAUCGUCCAAAUAAGAUCAAUUUUUGUUAA